CCCCCACCGUGAGGAGCCGGAGCCGCGAUAGCGGCAGUACUUCCAACAGGCUUUGGCCAGACUCAGGUCCUUGGUUAUAAACCACCAUGGCUCAGAGAGAUGCUGAUAAAUACCUGUAUGUGGACAGAAACCUCAUCAACAAUCCUCUGGCUCAGGCUGACUGGGCAGCCAAGAAGCUGGUGUGGGUUCCAUCAGAGAAAAAUGGGUUUGAACCAGCUAGCUUGAAGGAAGAAGUGGGUGAUGAAGCAAUUGUUGAGCUUGCUGAAAAUGGAAAGAAAGUGAGAGUGAACAAAGACGAUAUCCAAAAGAUGAACCCACCCAAGUUCUCUAAAGUGGAAGACAUGGCAGAACUGACCUGCUUGAACGAGGCCUCUGUGCUACACAAUCUGAAGGAGCGAUACUACUCAGGGCUCAUUUACACUUACUCAGGCCUCUUCUGUGUUGUCAUAAAUCCCUACAAGAACUUGCCUAUCUAUUCAGAGGAGAUCGUGGACAUGUACAAAGGCAAGAAGAGGCACGAGAUGCCCCCUCACAUCUACGCCAUCACAGACACUGCCUACAGGAGCAUGAUGCAAGACCGAGAGGACCAGUCCAUUCUCUGCACAGGUGAAUCAGGAGCUGGUAAGACAGAGAAUACUAAGAAGGUCAUUCAGUAUCUGGCUCAUGUUGCUUCAUCACACAAGAGCAAAAAAGAUCAAGGGGAGCUCGAGAGGCAGCUUCUUCAGGCCAACCCUAUCCUGGAGGCCUUUGGGAAUGCCAAAACGGUUAAGAAUGAUAACUCCUCAAGAUUUGGAAAAUUUAUCAGAAUCAACUUUGAUGUGAAUGGCUAUAUUGUUGGAGCGAAUAUCGAGACCUAUCUGUUGGAGAAAUCACGAGCUAUUCGCCAGGCCAAAGAAGAGCGGACGUUCCAUAUCUUCUACUACUUGCUGACCGGGGCAGGGGAGCACCUGAAGAAUGAUUUGCUGCUGGAGCCAUACAACAAGUAUCGCUUCCUUUCCAAUGGACAUGUUACAAUUCCGGGUCAGCAGGACAAGGACAUGUUUCAGGAGACCAUGGAAGCCAUGAGGAUUAUGGGCAUUCCAGAUGAAGAACAGAUUGGCCUCCUAAAGGUUAUCUCUGGUGUUCUUCAGCUUGGCAACAUUGCCUUCAAGAAGGAGCGUAACACAGACCAGGCCUCCAUGCCAGACAACACAGCUGCUCAGAAAGUUUCUCAUCUUCUGGGUAUCAACGUGACGGAUUUCACCAGAGGAAUUCUCACCCCUCGCAUCAAAGUGGGGCGGGACUAUGUCCAAAAGGCUCAAACUAAAGAGCAGGCGGACUUUGCCAUUGAGGCGCUGGCUAAAGCCACUUACGAGCGUAUGUUCCGUUGGUUGGUGAUGCGCAUCAACAAGGCACUGGACAAGACAAAGAGACAAGGAGCAUCGUUCAUAGGAAUCCUUGACAUCGCUGGCUUCGAAAUCUUUGAGCUGAAUUCGUUUGAGCAGUUGUGUAUUAACUACACAAAUGAGAAGCUGCAGCAGCUCUUCAACCACACCAUGUUCAUCCUGGAGCAAGAAGAAUACCAGCGUGAGGGCAUAGAAUGGAACUUCAUCGACUUUGGCCUGGACUUGCAGCCCUGCAUUGAUCUCAUAGAAAAACCAGCUGGUCCCCCAGGCAUAUUUGCCCUACUGGAUGAAGAGUGCUGGUUCCCAAAGGCUACUGAUAAAAGCUUCGUGGAAAAAGUGGUGCAGGAGCAAGGCAGUCACCCUAAAUUCCAAAAGCCAAAGCAGCUAAAAGACAAAGCUGACUUCUGCAUUAUACACUAUGCCGGCAAGGUUGAUUACAAAGCAGAUGAGUGGCUCAUGAAGAACAUGGAUCCUCUGAAUGAUAACAUCGCUACCCUCCUGCACCAGUCCUCUGAUAAGUUUGUGUCCGAACUGUGGAAAGAUGUCGACCGUAUAGUUGGGCUGGAUCAAGUGGCUGGCAUGUCGGAUACCGCACUGCCCGGAGCCUUUAAGACCAGGAAGGGCAUGUUCCGGACAGUGGGACAGCUGUACAAAGAGCAGCUGGCCAAGCUGAUGGCUACCCUGAGGAACACCAACCCCAACUUUGUCCGUUGCAUCAUCCCCAACCAUGAAAAGAAGGCUGGGAAACUGGACCCACACCUAGUCUUGGAUCAGCUCCGCUGCAAUGGAGUACUGGAGGGAAUCCGUAUUUGCAGGCAAGGUUUCCCCAACAGAGUGGUCUUCCAGGAGUUCAGACAAAGAUAUGAGAUUCUGACUCCAAAUUCCAUUCCCAAAGGGUUCAUGGAUGGAAAACAAGCCUGUGUGCUGAUGAUUAAAGCCUUAGAGCUGGAUCCAAAUCUUUACCGAAUUGGACAGAGCAAAGUAUUUUUCCGCGCAGGUGUCCUUGCUCACCUUGAGGAAGAAAGAGACUUGAAAAUCACAGAUGUCAUUAUUGGGUUCCAAGCAUGCUGCAGAGGCUACUUGGCUAGAAAGGCUUUUGCCAAGCGCCAGCAGCAGCUAACUGCAAUGAAGGUUCUCCAGAGGAAUUGUGCUGCAUACCUGAAGCUUCGCAACUGGCAGUGGUGGAGACUCUUUACCAAGGUCAAGCCUUUGUUGCAAGUGAGCAGGCAAGAGGAGGAGAUGCUGGCCAAGGAAGAAGAACUGGUGAAGGUCAAGGAAAAGCAGCUGGCUGCAGAAAACAGGCUAAGUGAAAUGGAAGUUUUCCAGAGCCAGCUGGCGGCAGAGAAGAUGCAGCUCCAGGAGCAGUUACAAGCCGAGAUAGAACUCUGUGCCGAAGCCGAGGAGAUCAGAUCCCGUCUGACAGCAAAGAAACAGGAGCUGGAGGAGAUCUGCCACGACUUGGAGGCCAGAGUGGAGGAGGAGGAGGAACGGUGCCAGCACCUGCAGAUUGAGAAGAGGAAGAUGCAGCAGAACAUCCAGGAGCUUGAAGAGCAGUUGGAGGAAGAAGAAAGUGCGAGGCAAAAGCUGCAGCUGGAGAAGGUGACCACUGAAGCAAAGCUGAAGAAACUGGAGGAAGAUUUGAUUGUUGUAGAAGAUCAGAACUGCAAAAUGGCCAAGGAGAAGAAGCUUCUCGAAGAAAGGAUUGCAGAAUUCACCACCAACUUAACAGAGGAAGAAGAGAAGUCAAAGAGUUUAGCUAAACUCAAGAACAAACAUGAGGCAAUGAUAACAGAGUUGGAAGAGCGGCUGCGGCGGGAAGAAAAGCAACGGCAAGAGCUGGAGAAGACUCGCCGGAAGCUUGAGGGGGACUCAACAGAUUUGCACGAUCAGAUCGCUGAACUGCAGGCUCAAAUAGCAGAGCUCAAAAUGCAGCUGGCGAAGAAAGAGGAGGAGCUGCAGGCGGCUUUGGCGAGGGUGGAAGAAGAGUCUGCUCAGAAGAACAUGGCUAUGAAGAAGAUCCGUGAGCUGGAGUCUCAACUGACGGAGCUGCAGGAAGACCUGGAGUCUGAGCGGGCAGCCAGGAACAAAGCGGAGAAGCAAAAACGGGAUUUGGGUGAAGAGCUUGAGGCUCUAAAGACUGAGCUAGAGGACACGCUAGACUCGACUGCUGCGCAGCAGGAACUCAGGUCAAAACGUGAGCAAGAAGUGACUCUUCUGAAGAAGACUCUGGAUGAUGAGGCGAAGACCCAUGAGGCCCAGAUUCAGGAGAUGAGACAGAAACACGCGCAGGCCGUGGAGGAGCUGGCAGAGCAGCUGGAGCAAACCAAGCGGGUGAAAGUGAAUCUCGAGAAGGCCAAGCAGGCCUUGGAGAGCGAACGUGUUGAGCUCUCCAAUGAGGUGAAGGUCUUGCUGCAAACCAAAGGAGACUCUGAGCACAAAAGGAAGAAGGCCGACACCCAGCUGCAGGAGCUGCAAGUGAAAUUUGCAGAGGGCGAGCGGGUGCGGACCGAGCUGGCAGAGAGAGUCAACAAACUGCAGGUUGAGUUGGACAAUGUCACCGGCCUCCUGAACCAUUCUGACAGCAAGUCAAUCAAACUAGCCAAAGAUUUCUCUACGUUGGAGUCACAGCUGCAGGAUACACAGGAGUUGCUUCAGGAGGAAACACGUCAGAAACUGAGCCUCAGCACCAAGCUGAAGCAGAUGGAGGAUGAGAAGAACAGCUUCAGAGAGCAGCUUGAAGAGGAGGAGGAAGCAAAGAGGAACUUGGAGAAACAGAUUUCUGCCCUUCAGUUCCAGAUAGCAGAAGCGAAGAAGAAGAUGGACGAGGGCCUAGGCUGCCUAGAGUCAGUGGAGGAAGUGAAGAAAAAGCUGCAGAAAGACUUGGAGGCCAUGAGCCAGCGUUACGAGGAAAAGGCAGCCGCCUACGACAAGCUAGAAAAGACCAAGACCCGGCUGCAGCAGGAGCUGGAUGACAUCACCGUGGAUUUGGAUCACCAGCGGCAGAUCGUCUCCAACCUGGAGAAAAAGCAGAAGAAGUUUGAUCAGCUGCUGGCAGAGGAGAAAACUAUCUCUGCAAAAUAUGCCGAGGAACGGGAUCGCGCUGAAGCAGAAGCCCGGGAGAAGGAAACCAAGGCGCUCUCCUUGGCCAGAGCUCUUGAGGAAGCCAUAGAGCAGAAGGCAGAGCUCGAGCGGGUCAAUAAGCAGUUCCGCACAGAGAUGGAAGACCUGAUGAGUUCGAAGGAUGAUGUUGGCAAGAGUGUCCAUGAGUUGGAGAAAUCUAAGAGAGCUUUGGAGCAGCAGAUGGAGGAGAUGAAGACUCAGCUGGAAGAACUCGAAGAUGAGCUGCAGGCCACAGAAGAUGCCAAGCUGCGUUUAGAGGUGAACCAGCAAGCCAUGAAGGCACAGUUUGAGCGGGAUCUCCAAGCCCGCGAUGAGCAGAAUGAAGAGAAGAGGAAGCAGCUGACGAGACAGGUGCGAGAGAUGGAAGUGGAAUUGGAAGAUGAGAGGAAGCAGCGCUCUAUUGCUGUGGCUGCCAGAAAGAAGCUGGAAAUGGACCUCAAGGAUCUGGAGGCUCACAUCGACUCUGCUAAUAAGAACCGUGAUGAAGCCAUCAAGCAGCUCCGGAAGUUGCAGGCCCAAAUGAAGGAUUACAUGCGGGAGCUGGAUGAUACCCGUGCCUCCAGAGAAGAAAUUUUGGCACAAGCCAAGGAGAAUGAGAAGAAGUUGAAGAGCAUGGAAGCGGAAAUGAUACAAAUGCAGGAGGAACUGGCAGCUGCGGAGCGUGCCAAGCGCCAGGCUCAGCAAGAGAGGGAUGAGCUAGCCGACGAGAUUGCCAAUAGCAGCGGCAAGGGUGCUCUGGCCUUGGAGGAGAAGCGCCGUUUGGAGGCUCGGAUAGCUCAGCUGGAGGAAGAACUGGAGGAAGAACAGAGCAACACCGAGUUAAUGAAUGACCGGUUCAAGAAAGCGAAUCUGCAGAUCGAUCAGAUAAACACUGACUUGAAUGCAGAGCGUAGUAAUGCUCAGAAGAAUGAAAAUGCUCGCCAGCAGCUUGAGCGUCAGAACAAAGAACUGAAGGCCAAACUGCAGGAAAUGGAGAGUGCUGUGAAGUCUAAAUACAAGUCUUCCAUCACUGCUCUGGAGGCAAAGAUAGCACAGCUGGAGGAGCAGCUGGAUGCUGAAACCAAGGAGCGCCAGGCUGCCAGCAAGCAGGUCCGGCGUACUGAGAAGAAGCUGAAGGACGUUCUCCUGCAGGUGGAGGACGAGAGGCGUAAUGCUGAGCAGUACAAGGACCAGGCAGACAAGGUGAAUGUGCGCUUGAAGCAGCUUAAACGCCAGCUGGAGGAGGCAGAGGAGGAGGCGCAGCGAACCAACGCGGCACGUAGGAAGCUGCAGCGGGAGCUAGAGGAUGUCACCGAAACUGCCGAUGCCAUGCAUCGCGAGGUCAGCUCCCUCAAGAGCAAACUCAGGCGAGGGGACUUGCCAUUUGUGCCACGACGGAUUGCCAGGAAGGGCCCAGGGGAAGUGUCGGAUGAUGAAGUGGAUGGCAAGGCAGAUGCCGGCGAUACCAAAGCUACUGAAUAGAGCGGCUUCUUGAUCCAGGUUGCACGUGACGGAGUGGCCCACCUUCCCUUUGUCUAGUGGACUUCUGCACAUCCUUCUAAAACCUGCCAGGGACAGUGGAGCAUGUCUGUCAAACUGUCCCCUGGAAUAUCUGGAGCCAUUGGACAUUAGCGUCAUCCCACCCAACUUCCAAACUCUUGUAUUGAAUGCCAAAGAGUUGUGACUCUGCAGUCUGAUCAGAGUCUGGGAGUUACAGGUGCCUGUAGCACAGUCCUUGUCAUGGCUGCUGGUGAAUUUUACAUAGUUUGGAGGGUGACGGGUGGGGAAAGAGACUCCUCCUGUUGCUGUAAAAUCAACUGGUUUCUUCCAUUAAUUAGUUCGAUAGAUGCAGGGUCCAACCCCUUCCCCCCCUUCCUCGUUUGCUUUUGGCAAUCAUGCUCAGUGACCUCACA